AUGUCUCCGAAGAGUCAUCCAUCCAAUCAACCAAGUGUAUUGAUCGAUAACACCAAACACGCCGAUGACAGACAACGUGAUGAUGGAAGCAAUACAAAAGCUACAAUAACUGCGCAAGAAGUCCAGUCAACACGCGACGACUUCGAACGGCUGUUCGGUGUUGAUGAACAUCUAUACGAACAACCAACAACCACGCGAAGAGAACUAUGGUCUUACUAUCUUUACUACAACGGGGACAAUGGUGUCGGUCCGGGUUCUUAUAGUCAAGCACUAUUUCAAUGGGCCUUGAACGGGGCUGGCUGGCAACCGGGCACCAAUCCGCGCCAGCCAUGCACGGAUUCCUCUCCCUGCGUUGUCUCAUGGGCUGGAGGCACGCGGUCCGUCGCUUCCGUAGUCUUGAUCGCUAAUGGAUUGUGCUUUACCUUCAUGACGGUGAUAUUUGUCUGGCUCGGCAGCGCAGCCGACUACGGAUCGUUUGGUCGUUGGCUUCUGCUGGCCUUAACAGUGAUAUGCUGGGCUCUACAGUAUGGCAUGAUGGCGAUCAGGCAUCCCAGUCAGUGGCCUGCCGCUAUGGCGAUGUAUGUAGUUGCAUACAUCGCCUACGGAGCUACUCUGGUAUUCUAUGCAGCUGUGUUUCCCAGACUUGCUCGAUACAUGCCGCAUGUCCGCAAAGCUCGUGAGGAGGAUCUGAAGGAGGGCAAAAUCAGUCGGCAAGAGUAUGAUGCAAUUGAAUCCUUGGAAAGAAACCACAUCAGCAAUAUAUCGACUGCACACAGCAAUAUUGGAUAUCUGCUCACUCUCGUACUGAACUUGAGUGUUUUGCUUCCACUUCAGAACAAUAGUUAUUCGAACAACCUCGCCCUCUGCUUGACAAACUCAUACUGGGUCGUCUUAGGAGUAUGGUGGUUCAUCUUCCAGCAGAAACGGCCAGGCCCUAAGGUCCCAAAAGGGUCGAACUAUGCGACGAUUGGCUUCAAGCAAAUUUGGCUUGCACUCCGGGAGGUCCGGUCCUUGCCACAGACAUUCCUCUAUUUCGUCGCUUACUUUCUGCUUGCCGAUGGACUAAAUACCACCGGAACCUUGGUUUCCAUCAUUCAAAACGACUACGUAUCCUUUUCAUUUCUACAGUUAACCUAUCUAGGCAUCACACAGGCUGUAUGCUCAAUCGCCUCAACAUUCGGAUUCUGGUACAUCCAAAAGUACUUCAAAUUUCGGACCAAGAGCAUGUUCCUGGUCACAAACCUCUUCAGUGUCCUAAUUCCACUCUGGGGAAUGGUAGGACUAUGGACACAACGAAUCGGGUACCAUAACCGAUGGGAAUUCUACUUCUACAAUAUCGUUUUCGGCCUAUUCCAAGCACCCUACUACGCUUACGCGCAAACAAUGAUAAGCGAGCUCAUGCCCCAAGGCUAUGAUAACAUGUUCUUCGCGCUCUUCGGCAUCACCAAUCGAGCUUCCUCCAUCAUCGGUCCCAAUGUGAUCCAGGCCAUUAUCAACAAUACGCAGAAUAACUGGAUGGGGUUCCCGUUCUUGUUUGCCAUAUGUGCCGCUGCGACGAUAACAAUUGCCUUUGUGGAUGUGGAGAAAGGGCGCGCUGAUGCGAGGAGGUUCGCGGAGGCGCGGAAGAUCGCGCGGGUGUCUGCCGAAACGGGCCUGAGCAGAGAUGAAGUCUUGAAGGGUUCGGGUGGUAUUACAACGGGCGUAGAAGGAAGUGGAUUACCACGGGAGGGAUGA